UCACAAUGGCCAUGCCCCAAAUGAACCUAAGUCCCGCCGAACAGGCAAAAUUGCAAAUGAUGCAAGAAAUGGAAAUUGAAAUGAUGUCGGAUUUAUAUAAUCGCAUGACAAAUGCAUGCCACAAAAAGUGUAUUCCGCCACGUUAUGGAGAAGCUGAAUUAGGCAAAGGCGAAAUGGUGUGCAUCGAUCGUUGCGUUGCAAAAUACUUGGACAUUCAUGAGAAAAUUGGCAAGAAAUUAACCGCCAUGUCUAUGCAAGAUGAAGAUCUUAUGAAGAAAAUGUCAAACUAAAAAUUUAUUUGUAAUACAAAUAACAAUAUAUGUAUAUGAUCCAUUUA